AUGGAGGGACCCACGGCAUGGGCCGUCAAUUGCUACGUCGGGCUCGACAAAACGGAUUUGUGGUGCUGCCGCGUUCCGACUGAAGAUUUCUCGAAGAUGGUCCGGGUGGUGACGGGGCGGGGGACGGAGUGCUUCCAGAACGCCCCGGCUUCUGCUGCGGUCAAGGCCGACGUGUUGGUGCGCGUGGCGAGGGCGAUGCGGACGCGCGCCGGCUUCAUGACGGUGCCGAUGCCCCAUCAUGUGCUGCUGCCGUCCGCCGCGGGGGUGCACGCAAUAGGCGCGUUUACGUACCCGGGAUUUGUGGGCAGGAUGCGGCGCCAGCGGCGGCCGCGUCAUUGCGGGCUCGGAAGAGAUGCCGGAGGUGUAGUUUUCUUCCUCGCCGCAGCGUGGAGUCCCCCUCGCGUCCUUCAGGCACUGCUGCCUUCAUUUUUCCCUCCUUCGUAG